UGGCGAGUGGCCACCAUGGAGGAGAUGGUGAUCUGGGAGCAGCACACGGUGACGCUGAGCAAGGACCCUCAGCGGGGCUUUGGCUUCGCUGUCUCUGGAGGCCGGGACCAUCCCAACAAGAUGACCGGGGAUACAGCAUGGGUCGUUUCUGAUGUGGUGUCGGGGGGACCAGCCAUGAACCGGCUCCAGAGGAAGGAUCACAUCGUGAUGGUGAACGGCCUUUCCAUGGAGAACGUCUCAUCCUCCUUUGCCAUCCAAACACUUAAAACCUGUGGCAAGAUUGCCAACAUUACAGUGAAGAGACAGAAGACAGUCCACCUCCCUGUGAGCAAGAGCACCCCCGGGUCCCCCGCUGUUCCCCGGCGCUAUGACUCGGACGAGGACUACGGGUCGCACGGUGCGGAUCCAGUACUGCGCCACUCCCGGGAUGACCUGGAUCACGGCCAGGGCUACGAUGGGGACUCAUCUAGCGAGAGGAGCUCUGGCCACCAUCGUGAUGACCACCCACCACGAUGACUGCACCACCACAAGCCAGUAUCCCGAAGCCGGAGGCAAAGCCAGGACAGCAGCACCUGGAGGCAGAGCCGGCAUCAUUCCAGCGGUGGCUUUGGGCAUGAAUAUGACACCAACGGGCUGGCCCUGGUGUCAGGCUUUAAGCGGUUGCCACAUCAGGAUGUGCCGAAACCCAUUACAUCGGUCUUGGUGAAGCAGAAGCAGAAUGAAGAGUAUGGCCUGACUGGAAGUCAGCUCUUCAUCAAGCACAUAGUUAGAAUGGGCCUGGCGGCAAAGGGCAACUCCUUGCAGGAAGGAGACCUCAUCCUGAAGAUCAACGGGGUAGCCAGUGAGGACAUGUCCCUGGCUGACACCCAGCUGCUCAUCGAGAAGACAGAGGGGACCCUGACCCUGCUUGUCCUCCGGGACCACCGGCAGUUCCUGGUCAACAUUGCUGACAUAGAGGACAGCCAGAGCGACAGCUCCCGGAUGGAAGGUGCAUCUGACAUCGACUCUGAGCUGUCCCAUCCACCCUCCCCUGAGACUUCCCCACAGCCUCCAGCUGCCACCAGGAUGAUUCACCACUGUAAGCCCUGCUCUGUCCCCACAAGCCUCUCUUCUGCCCUCAGACCCCCCGAGUUCUCUGCCUGUCUGCUUCUCCUCCAUCCUGGGGCCAUUUCAACAGGGAGGUGGUUCUGCUGUUUAAUCCUAGCUCGCCCCACUGUCCCUGCUGCCUGUGCCCAUCCAGUGCCUGCUCACACCAAGCCAGGGGAGCUGUGGGCACUGAGUGGCCUCCAGGCUCCUGCGUGUCUGCAUUGUCCAAACUCCCUGGCAAAGCCGUGCCACAUCACCCUGUGCCUCGGCUGCCUCGGCCACUGCUGCCUCCUGGACCAGCCCUGCUUCCCUGCAGCCCUGCUGGAAGCCGUGGAGGGGAAUGGCUGCCAGAGCCCACAUGCCAGUGCUGGUGCCCACGCUGCCCACAAUGAUGGGUACAGCGCUGACUCCAGAAUCGUGAGCUUCGUGAAGGGCAAGAACAUUGGGCUGCGGCUGGCCGGUGGGAAUGAUGUGGGCAUCUUUGUGUCGAGCGUGGCAGGAGUGGGGAGCCCAGCUGACAGCCAGGGUGUCCAGGAAGGGGACCAGAUCCUGCAGGUGAAUGACACCAGUUUCCAGAACCUGACCCGCGAGGAGGCCGUGGAGUAUCUCAUGAGCCUGCCGCCGGGCGAGGACAUCAUGCUGUGGAUCCAGAGCAAGCAGGACAUUUACAGGAAGAUGAUCUCAUCCAAUGUGGGUGACUCAUUCUACAUCCGGACACACUUUGACUUCGAGAAGGACGCACCAUCGGGGCUCAGCUUCAUCCGUGGGAAUGUCUUCCAUGUGCUGGACACCAUGUACCGGGGCAAGCUGGGGAACUGGCUGGCUGUGCGCAUGGGCAGGGACCUGCAGGAGCAGGACAAGGGCAUCAUUCCCAACCGGAGCAGGGCUGAGCAGAUUGCCAGCCUGGAGCCGGUGCUGAAAGCCACGUCCAGUGCCAACACCUCUGGGGCACGGGCCGAGUUUUGGAAGCUGAGAGGCCUGCGGGGAGCCAAGAAGAUGCUGCGGAAGAGUCGAGAGGACCUAUCUGCGCUCACAAAGCAGGGCCGCUACCCCCCCUAUGAGUGGGUGGUCCUGAAGGAAGCCAGCUUUAAGCGGCCAGUGGUGAUCCUGGGCCCCAUCGCAGACAUUGCCAUGCAGAAGCUGAGCACGGAGCUGCCUGAGCUGUUUGAGAUUGCUCGUACGAGAUGUCCGCCACGAGAUGGAGCAUCAUCCAAAGUCUCAGAGUUGGAUUCGGUGCGGCAGAUUGCAGAAAAGGUGAACAAGCACGCCUUGUUGGACAUCACGCCCUCAGCCAUUGAGCGCCUCAACUACGUGGCAGUAUUACUGUUGGUGUUCUGUGAGCCCGAGAGCCGCAGGGGCAUCAAGGCAAAUGCGCCAGUGCUGGCGCCUGAUUCCAGGAGCUCCCGGCGCCUCUAUAGCCCAGGCCAGCAGAUGAAGAAGUACUGCAGCCACCUCUUCACUGCCACCAUCAGCUCAGCGGCAGCGGACAACAACCUGUACGAGGCAAUCAAAGACAUUAUCAGGACACAGCAGAGACAGCCCAUCUGGACGGCGCUCUGUCAUCCCCACCCGCAGGCGGGUGUGGCACCAGAGGAAAGUCUGGACCUGCUAACCUGCCCAAGUGGAGCAGCCAUCGGCUACCUGACCUGCGACGAGUCAUGCCAAAACAGCGACUACGAUGACACAGAUGGUGAGGCGGGCACCUACACUGACGGCGAGGUGGAGGAUGCCUUGACCAGCCCCGGGCUGGCCCGCUCCUCUGAGCCAGCGCAAGAUGGCCCAAGCCAUUGCCUGAACAAGCAGGUGACUGAGCAGCAGCGGCAGGGCUACACAGCAUCAGAGUAUGAGCAUGAUGCAGUGAGGAAGAGGUUCACAACGGGACCAGGGAAUGACUCUGACGAGGAUGAAGGCUACGAGUGGGGCCCAGCUACAAGACGUGUAGCAGUACCACUGGCAUCUGUUCUACUGGGCAUCCGGGCCCAGCUUGCCACGGCCCCACGCCACCAGGGUCCAGUGUGACAGCCCCAGCAGUGCCACAGUGCCCUGUGGCCAGGCUGGAGUGGGCCUCAUCCUGUGCCCCUCACCACCAGCACCGAGUGCCUCCUUUUCACCCGUUUGGCUGCAGCAUCUACUGCUUGAAUAAAAAAUGUUUUUUUUGA